AUGUCGAAGAAGGGAAAAUCGUCAGGAUCCAGCACCAGUCCGGUCACAUCGCCAAGCACUGCAACCGAGAUCCUGUCUAAUAUGCAGAAGAAGACGGCUGCUCCUGCAGCUUUCACUCUUGAAGGAGCCCCACCAUCAGCUGGUCGUCAAAAGACCUUCCCUUCCAAGGGUCCAAAUUCACCAACCAACGACGAUAGUUCACAUCCGUUAUGGCACGCAGUGCAAACCUUACCAUCCGACCUUCGGAAGUUCCUUGAGCAUGACUAUAUGAUCAAGAAAAAGUCGAUAAAGAAAAUCGAGUUCUAUCGAAUUCUCUUGCACUUCAACCCGGCCACCACGGCUAGUUUCACCGGCCUUAAAGCGGCCUUGGUUGCAGAAUUUGAAAAAGAUUGGUUACCGCGUCUUAAGCCAUUUAUAUCACCCGCUCCGCCUACUCCCAUGGAUACUGAGGAAGACGACUUUGAUCCUUUGGCCUCCACUACAACUCGUCGCAUGCUGAAAGAGGUCCUCCAGCGUCGAGCUCCCAGCGUGAACAUAACUUCAGACACUAAGAUAGAUGGUUUACGCCGGCUUUACAAACAACACAUCGAUCCAGAUCUCAACUUACCCGAAUCUUCAGAAUUCACUAAAGCACCCCGUGCCGUCAAACAGCACGCUCUUAAAGGACACACGAUCGAACACCUCCGUUUUGCUCUCCAAUGCAAAAACCCCGAGGUAUUCAUUCACAAUGCCGGAUUGAAUCGUUCUGUUUGCCUUGCCUUAUACAUCAAGUUCAUCUGUGAAGGGACUGUUGAGCCUGGUGUUUUAAUUGAGGGAUUUCACUACUCUAUUGUCACUACCUGA